AUGAACAUGGCAAGUCUCGCGGGAAGCAUUGGCUUCAAAAUCUCGUUUCAUCUUCUACCUGGCGUUUCUUCAAUUUCAUGGAACAUUUGGAAGUUUCGGAUUGUUUGCUUGAAGAGUAGAGACUUUAGUUCUUCUUCUGUUACUGCUAGCUACAUUCCCAUAACAUCAUGCAGGGUGAAGAUUCCGCGUUUGGAAUAUUGUAGCUUUGCUGAUGGCAGUGCAAUCAAAAUAAAUGAUGAGAAAAUUGGGCACACAACAAUUGCACAUUGUGAAACUUCUCAAAAUUCAGAUGAAGUUCUCGCCGGCUUACUAUUUCGUGACAUCGAAGAAGGCUCUGAACAAAUGGAGGAGGUUAGAGAAUUGACAGUUCCUCAGAUGGAGGACUCCCGUGAACAAGAUUUUAUACGACUUGACAAAUCUAUCAAUGAUGUUGAACAAUCAGCUGUCAAAUUACUUGCAUUUAGGACACUCACAGCAGUUGAAUUGAGAAAGGAUUUGCUUAGCAAGAGAUUCUCUCCAAAUGCAGUGGAGGCAGUGUUAAACAAACUCCAUAGACAAGGGUUCAUCAAUGAUAAGUUGUAUGCUGGAUCUUUUUCUCAAUACCGGAUGGUCUUCAUCUACUUGGGGUCCGAGACGGAUCAAACAAGCCCUGUUCAAGAAGGAAGUUAG